UUGAGGUAAGACAAAAUUAGAAAUUUUUAAAUAAAUGGUAAAAAAGAUUAAGGAACAAAUGAUUCUUUAGUCACAACACAUAGUAGCACUACUAUUUUGCACCAUUUAACCAUAACACUAGUUAUAGUUAAUUAUUUCUGUCGCAAAAUAUUGUUUUGUGUUCCUGCAAUACCGACAUAAAAAGUGUCAACAGAAUCAUAUGUUCUAAUCAGAUAGACACAUUAGAAUCAGCAAUGGAAAUACGAGUGGUAAGAGCGUUGCACCAAAUUAAACGACAAUUGGGCGUUCACACGACAAAAAGGUACAUGCAAACUAAGUGCUGGAAAUGUGGCAUAGAACGGAGCCGGCGAGCCCUGUUCUGCGACAAGUGCAACAUGAUCCAAAGUCCGGAGGUUAAAGACAACUAUUUUAAAGUGUUCGAAAUCGAAGAGCGGUACGAUGUUGACUUAAAAAACUUGAGGAACAAAUACAGGAACAUGCAGAGUGUGUUGCACCCCGAUAAGUUUAGCACAAAAACAGAUGAGGAAAAGCAUAUUUCAGAGGAGUAUUCGAGUCUUAUUAAUAAAGCUUACAACAGUCUUCUGACUCCGAUAGCUAGGGCUGUUCAUUUGUUGAACAUUAAAGGUGGGAAAAUUGAUGAGGAGCAAAAAAUUGAAGAUCCGGCUUUUCUGAUGGAAAUUAUGGAGAUCAAUGAACAAAUUGAUGAGGCAGAGACACCUGACGACAUAAGGAAGCUGAAUGAACAGAACCAAAAAGUGAUGAGUGAGCUGGGGGAUAAAAUAGCACAAUGUUUUAAUAGCAAUAACUUGAAUGGAGCAAAAGAUUUUAUAAUAAAGUUGAAGUAUUUCACUUCAAUUAAUAACAGAAUCAGCAAUCUUAUGAGAGAACGAGGGAUGGUUGAUUAAUUUUUCUAGUAUAGUUAAUUAACUAUACUUUAAAUUGUUUUAAUAAAUUGUUAUUGUUUUAUUACUGUUGAUUUUCUUAAAUUGAUGAAUUGAUAAAGUUUUAGAAAUAAACUAUAAAUGUUUGA